AUGUGGGGACCCGGGGUCCCGGCCGAGGGCCUCCCGGCGGCGCCGGCGCUGCUGCUGCUGGCGCUGGCGCUGGUGGCGCCCUCGCGGGGCGGCGGCGGCUGCGCGGAGCUGGCGUGCGGCGAGCGGGAGCGCUGCUGCGACGCGGCCAACGCCACGGCCGCGCGCUGCUGCAAGCUGCCGCUGCACGCCUUCCUGGACAACGUGGGCUGGUUCGUGCGCAAGCUGUCCGGGCUGCUCAUCCUGCUCGUCCUCUUCGCCAUCGGCUACUUCCUGCAGCGCAUCAUCUGCCCGAGCCCCCGCCGGUACCCGCGCGGCCAGGCGCGGCCCGGGCAGGCGCGGCCGGGGCCGCCGGGGGGCGCCGGGCCGCCGGGAGCCGCGGGGCCGCCCCACGACGACGACGACGACUCGCCCGCGCUGCUGCGGGACGAGGCGGCCGCCGGCUCCCAGGACUCGCUGCUGGACAGCGGCGGCGGCGGCGGCCGGGGCCGGGGCGGCGGCGGCUUCUCGGUCCCCGCCUGCGCCUCCGAGCACGAGCUGCGCCUAGUGUCGCCCGCCUUCCUGCAGCUGCCCAGCUACGAGGAGGUCAAGUACCUGCCCACCUACGAGGAGUCCAUGCGGCUGCAGCAGCUCGGCCCCGGGGAGGUCGUGCUGCCCGUGUCGGUGCUCGGCCGCCCUCGAGGCGGCGGCCCCGGGGAGCACGGCGGCGGCGGCGGCGGCGGCGAGGGCCGCUUCCCGCUCAUCUGA